AGUCAGGAGGCGCUCAGUGUGUUGGCUGCCCAGCUCACCUGCCUCCCAGAGCUCCCUGGUGCAUCCCCAGGCAGCAUGACUGGGAGCCCGGCUAUUUAGAGGAGGCGGCACAUGACCGACUGACCGCCUCUGCCUCAGCUCCCUCUGGGCUUCCCUUCCUUCCUUCCUCCCUCCCUCCCUCCCUCCUUUGGAAGGACUACUAUACCUGGGGAGGACCUGGCAGCACCUGCACAGGGGCCCAACAGAUCAGUUUCUCUUCAUCCCACCUCUGCCCUCUUGAUUCCGCCUGUGAACUUUUGCUCUGGCAUUUGCCAGGCCCAGCCAAGGACCUCUGCAGAGCUGUCCCUCCGUCUCCAGCAAACAGAAGCGGUCUGGGGCUGGCCGUGGGGCAGCCUGUGCGCCCUGGAAGGCUUCACAGCUUAGGGGACUCAGCGUGUGAAUGUCGUCGUCCCUCCCGGCAAUGUUUGGCCGUCCUUCUCCUUCUUGAUCGUCGUCAUUCAUAUGCUGGACCUCCCGGCAGAGCAUCGCAGGACGGAGAGCCCAGACUUGUGAGCGGAUCCCUCUGUGGCCCCGAGGGAGCCCGUGAGCCUCCGUGGCUAGGAUGGGGCUGCGGGAGUCCCCCUAUUCCAGCCGCUUCCUGGGGGCCCUGAACUCGGGGGCCCGGGCGGCCCUCUUCCCCAGCUACUGGCUGCUGAACCAGCUGCUGGCCCUGCAGACCACCACGGCCGAGAAGCGGCAGUGGCACAAGCGAUGCCCGACUUUCGCCCUGUGGACGGUGGCCAAGGGCCUGCUCCUCCUGCCGGCCUUCCUACUCUCACUGCCCUUCUCCCUGGUGGCCUUCCUGUUCUGGCUGCCCCUCCAGGCCGCCCGCCGGCCCUUCGCCUACCAGCACACUCCCGAAAGGGCCCCGUCCGGAGGGGAGGAGUGUCCGCUCCUCGAGGGCCAGGGCCACACCUUCUCCUUCCUCAGCGGCAACGUCUGCCUGCUGCCCGAGGGUCUGGCCAAGUUCAGCAACCUGGGACGCUCCCAGUGGCGGGCCAAGCACAUCGGGCAAAUCCUGGCCCGGGCGGCCACCGGACACCGCCACUGCUCCAGGAAUGGCUCUGGGGGUCCCAACGGGUACGGGGCCACAGGCGCCAGCCCCCCUCGGCCCUGCCAGAGGCCCCUGAGCACGACCAUCGAGAUGGAGCUGGACGGGGAGGGCGACGGGGCCGGGGAGGGCCGGCUGUGGGAGGUCACGGCCCGCUUCCCGCCGCAGGCCGACUUUGUGUGCCUCCAGGAGGUCUUUGACCUGCGGGCCUCGGCCUCCCUCUGCCGCUCGCUGGGCCCCAUCUACCCGCACAUCCUCUACGACGUGGGCAGCUACGGCCUGGCGGGCCGCGCCGGCCUGAAGGUCUUCAACAGCGGGCUCUUCCUGGCCAGCCGGCACCCGAUCCUGGCCGUCCAGUACCACUGCUACCCCAACGGCAAGGGAGAGGACGCCUUCGCCGCAAAGGGACUCCUCUCCGUCCAGGUCCAGCUUGGGUCUUCCCAUGGGCAAAGGAUCGUGGGAUACCUAAACUGCACUCACAUGCAUGCCCCAGAAGCCGAUGCCCAGGUCCGGUGUGACCAGAUGACCCUCGGCCUGAUGUGGGCCCAGCAGUUCCAGGACGCCAGCACCCAACCGGGGGACAUCGUGGCCUUUGACAUCUACUGCGGGGACCUCAAUUUCGACAACUGCUCUGAAGGAGAUGAGCUGGAGCAAAGCCACGAUAUCUUCAGCGUGUACACGGAUCCGUGCCGCGUGGGGCCCCGAGAGGACAAGCCCUGGGUGAUAGGGACCCUGAUGGCCUACUUGGAGAUCUAUGAAGAGCCUGUCUCAACCCCGGAGAGCAUGAAGAGGACUCUGGAGCAACCGGAUGGACGGAGGAAGUUCCUGGCCGGGCCGGUGCUGGCGGAUGGGCGGCCGGACCCCUCGGCCACCGGGUGCGAAGGACGGCGCCUGGACUACAUCAUGUACCGGGAGCACCCUGGCUCUCUGGACCUGAGAACGGCCGUGGAGAAGGUCUCCUUCAUCACCCACCUGGCCACCUGCUCCGACCACCUGCCCUUCGGCCUGCGCCUCCAUGUGGCCCCCGCGGCGCAUAUGGACGAAGCCUGAGCUCUGCCUGCCGCCCGGAGGCAAAGAAAAUGACACUGGGGAGCUGGGACCUCCCUCUGAAAACCCUGCCAUUGGGGGCCCAAACGAUUGCCUGGCCCAGGGGUGGCCUCCUGGAUUCCAUGUGGGGCAGAAAGAAACGGAAGGGCAGCAAACAACCUUUGGCAGCUCCCUUCAGGUCUGGGGGGCCGAAGCACGACGGAGGGGCCCUUGGGGAUCACACUGAGCCCUCUGCACCGGUCUCCCAUCCCUUCUGAUUUCCAAAGACCCCUCCAUCGCAGUCUGCUCCUUUCUGCUAGCAGCUUUUUGCCCCAUCUUGUCCCAGAGGUGGGUCUGGGGGGCUCAGUUUGUGCACCCACUGCAGCAGGGCCCCCCAAUGUGGAGCUCAACGGAAAGGGGAUCAAGGCAUAGCCAGCGUCCCCCCUCCUUCCUUCCUUCCUUCCUUUGGUGCAGACUUUCAAACACCAAGCAAUACCAUUUUUGCAGGAACCAGUUGUUUCCCACCAAGUGGACUUCUCAGUUUUGUAUCUCUUGUUCCAAAGUCGUCAGCCACCAAAGAUAAGACUGGCGGAAGAAUAUUGUUUUCUCUCAUUGAGACCUGGACAAUAGAGGCGAAAAGGAAUCUCUGUGUGUGAUUUGUGUGUUCCGCCACACCUGUACACAUUGCAAAGAGAAGGUCACAGCAGACGCAGGGCCCCAUCCGUCCCGAGAGCAGCGUUCCUAAAUCCCAUUGUAGGGUAGAAUUGUGCACAGGAUGGAACCGGUGCCAUUGACGCAAAGGGAGCUCAGAGUUGUCCCCCACGUGAGGUUGGCACAGUUUCCUCUAUUCUUCACCGGCAUUCAGCCAGCAGGUGCAUAAAGUGCCCGGAGGGGAAGUGGUUUGGAACUGGCUUUGCUGGUAUUUGCCGCCUGAAAGGUCUGCCCUGAUUAUGAUUCCAGCACAAAGCAGUUCUGCAGUUUGCAGAGGUGGUCAGCCAGGCGAGGAGAUAGCUGGAACUGACCACAGAGACCAUGCAAAGUAGGGAGGGUGUACAGUAUAAAGGGUUGUCAUCACCCUGCUCCUCAUGAACAAACUCCCAUCUUGUCCUCUGGGAGGGAGACACAGCUCACAGAACUACCGCAUUUCACCACAUAAUAGUCGCCACCACAUAACUGUGGAAGAGGUAAGGCAGGCCUGGGCAAACUUGGGCCCUCCCUCCAAGUGUUUUUCAGUCUUUAUUACGGUCCACAGAUCCAGUUUGCUCAGUGGAAAAGUGGGCAGCAGAUUCAUAAACUGAUAAGACCACUUAAAAGGACGAGUGCCAGAGGCGGUUCAACCACCAGGCCAACUAGGCCGUUGCCUGUGGCGCCAUCUUGUUGGGGGGCGCCAUCGAGGCAACUUCUGUCUCCUGCGGCCUGCCUCCGCAAGGUAUUGAACUGCUUUUUCUGUUGAUUUGUUGUAAAGCAUGAUGUUUUAGUGCUUAAUUUGUAAAAUCUUAAUGUAAUUUGAUGUUUAAUAGGC